AUGAUGAACUACCGUGCAGAAAAAUCCAAGAAGUCCGAAGAACUAGAAAUUCCAACGGCCUGGCAACUUUUAUCGACAUUAUAUGAGUCAUUCGGAAUAUUUUUGGAACUGAUACUUUUAUUUCCAUUAUAUAUAUUGACUAAACUUGGAUUUACAAAUAUAAUUCCGACUUUACUUUCUGGAAAUGUUGCACUAGGUCCUGCUUUUGUUGCUGCUGCAGUUACCAUGGUUGCAUGUUCUGUUGGUAUUGGAUUAGGUGUUGGACUUGGUGUUGGUUUAACUUGUUCCCAUAAUGAUACACUUAUGAACAAUACACUUAUGAACAAUACUAUUACAACGAAUAUAACGAGUACAACGAAUAGUCCAAUGUUUAGCGUCGGAUUCACUCCUGUUCUAAUAGGGUAG